AAGAUGGCCAAUUCGGGAAUCCAGCUGUUGGGGUUCGUCAGUUCGCUCAUCGGCUUGGUGGGCCUGAUCAUCGGAACUAUUCUGCCCCAAUGGAAGAUGUCUGCGUACAUCGGCGACAACAUCAUCACGGCGGUGGCAAUGUACCAGGGGCUGUGGAUGUCGUGCGCGUUUCAGAGCACCGGACAACUACAGUGCAAGAUCUACGACUCGAUCCUGCAACUGGACAGCGCCCUGCAGGCCACACGCGCGCUGAUGAUCGUGGGGAUCGUGGUGUCCAUCGCCGGGCUGGCCGUGGCCUGCAUGGGCAUGAAGUGCACCACCUGUGGGGCGGGCGAUCGCAUACGCAAGGCCCGCAUCGCCAUGGUGGGAGGCAUCAUCCUGCUGUUGGGAGGUCUGUGUUGCAUUGUGGCAUGCUCCUGGUUUGCCCACAACGUCAUCCGAGCCUUUUACAACCCCUACACUCCCAUCAACACCAAAUUUGAGUUUGGCGCCGCCAUCUUCAUCGCGUGGGGCGGCUCUCUGCUGGACGUCCUGGGCGGUGCCAUGCUGGCUGCUUCCUGUCCCAGGGGGAAGCACGUGGCCAAGUACCCGUCUGCGGUGGCGGCGGCGGCGGCCCGAUCAGGCCCACCCAGCGUCAGCAACAAGGAGUACGUCUAAAAGCAGGCCAGCCGACGCCUAGGUCAACGGCCGAUCCGCACUACAGAACCUGGGGGAAAGAUCUUCCAGAGGAGGAUCGUGUUUUGAAUUUCAAUUUGGGCGGGAGCAGUUAUGGAUCGAGGGGGGAAAUAACGACUAAAAAUAUAUAUUUGAUUUUCCCCUUCAAGAGCAUUUCCCACAGUUUUCAGUGCUAUCAAUUGUUUCUUAUCCCAGUGUAUGUCUUCCUCAGUGUCACUCAUUCGCAACAUUCCACAUUUGUUUACACAUAGUCUUCAACAAUGCAUUAUAAUUACACCGCCUUAUUUAAUGUCAGGCCCUUGUAGAACAUUUUUCUUUACUUUUGUAUUAUUUGUAACCGUACCGGUGGAUAAUGGCCAACUCUUGCACAUCGCUGUUAGGAUAGUAUCAUCCAUUACGUAGUCUGUUUAAUUGAAAGCAAUCAAUUUCAAUUUGGUGCUUAGAAGCCUCACUCAGGGUGGACAACUACAUUCCCCUGACAGAGAUAGAGAUAGACUGGCCAUUUAUCACUAUAAUGUUUUAUAUAAGCUGCACGGCAGCUGUGAAAUAGAGCUAGUUGUUAGCUAGGUGUGAUUUGGCACUCCUAGUGCUGUGUGUAUAAACGCCCAGCAUCUUGCUUCUACAACGUUAACCCUGUGCCACAUAGUGCUCUUCAUACCACUCUGCUAUAAUCCCUGCUCCGAUAUGAAAUACUUUUUAAUGUAGUCACUGUUCUCUUUUGAGAGUGUACGAGAGUGUGUAUGUGUAUAAGUCAAAUAUACCACUGAGCUAUACUUAAAAGAGAAGUGUAACGUAGUUUGGCUCUAUACUGGUAUCCACUUACAGACAGAAACCCCUGAAUUUGAUGUUUUUUCAAGUUCGGAAAAACUUGUACAAUUAGCAAAUAAAAAAUGAUGUGACAGGUAAAAGGUACAAAAUUGUCAACUAAUGCACAUCUCUUCAAAUACAGUUAUGCUUUUGUGCUUUAUGUCAUUUGAAAAUCCUCACAUAGCCUAUUAACUCAUUUUUCUUAGCAUAUAUCACUGGCCAUUGCAUAAAACCAUUUUGGUAAAAAAGUUAAAAAUGUACAAACUGCCUCUGCUAAAUGACAUAGUAUGAAGUCGGGUUCAUUGUUGAUGGUUUUGAAGUUGUCGUCGUCAGUUGCAUUCUUACAAGGAGUGAAAAGCAGUAGGUUUUAUUUUAGUUUUUUUUUUUUAUUAAAUCUUGUGUUUUGACCAGUGUCUUUUAUUUUGAUAUGUCAUAUUGUCGUAUUCUUUAAUCUAUGCAAGACUACCAAAUUUGUGAAGAAAUAAUAAACAGCUAAUAUGAGUCCACAUGA